AUGCCAGCUCGCGACCUCCCAGUACCCUCGGACGACUCGAACCCCAAGUUGCCAUGGCUUGUCCAGACUAUUGACAUCGCCACCGCUCUCGAGCAACGCGCGGCGAAGCUCGCCGUGCUGAACCUGUUGCCGCUCGGUGCUGGCUUGACUUUCGGUUUCCUGUCCCAUGUUCUUAGAAUCAGGCGCUCUGCCGUUCCGUGGUCGCAUCGCUGGUUUGGGCGGGUGAUAACCGCCCAAACCUACUUCAUGGAGCCAUUGUCAUCGCUAGUGCGGAUGAACUGA